GUUUGCGGAGUACACUGCGACACAGUUUGAAGGACACAGUACACUCAUGCCAUGUAGAACACACUGGUACAGUUUGGGUAUAAACCAUUUGGCAAGUGCAGAAGUGGAUAAUUCAUUAUGGCAGCGGUUAUCGGAAUUCUCAUAAUGGUUGCAGUAAGGAUCUCAAAGGUCAAUACUCACGUCUGUACUUUCCAUGACCAAUAUGGCGGGCUGUUUGUUGACUGUAGAGGGAGACAACUCCUGCAUGUUCCUGACGACCUUCCACGGAACACUACCUCUCUUGACAUCAGUGAGAAUCAGAUUACAGUUGUUAGAAAUAUGACAUUUCAAAACUUUAGCUGUCUUAAGUACAUAAACCUGAACAAUAACUCACUUAUCACUAUGGAGCGUGAUGCCUUCUUUGGCGUAUACAGUCUAACCACUCUCCUUCUCGCAAGUAACACACUCUCACACAACAACUCCUUACCCGAAGGACUUUUCCGUGACCUUGGAAAUCUGCACACACUCAAUCUUGAGAAAAACAAGAUGAAAGCAUAUCCAGAUUUGGUGUUAGCUCCCCUCACCAAGCUCCACAGCCUGUACAUUGACCCCGUUCCAGAUGCUGUCUUUGGGUCUGGAUUCUCAAAACUGACAAAUCUCAAAGUUCUCAAGAUGGAUGGUGGCCAUUGUUCUUUAGAAAAAAUAACAAAUGAAACAUUUCGACGUUUAAAUGAAACAAAACUUGAGGUACUACUUCUUAAUCAUUGUCAUCAUUUAACAUUUUGUGAGACCGGUGUUCUUGAGCCUUUGUCCUUCCUAAAACAUCUGGAACUAACUAACAAUGAAAUUGGUAUCCAAAAUGUUUUACAUCUUCUUUAUCCUCUCGUUGGAAGGAACAUGACAAGAAUAUGGUUGAACAACACAUAUAUAGCCCGUGCUCACUUCAAGGAAGAUGUGGAUGAUCGUAUCCUUACAGAAUACAGCACACGCUUUUUGACUCAGAUAUGUGUUUCAGAGUUGUCCUUGAAAGGGAACCGGAUAUGUUUAAUUGAAACAGGUUCUUUAUACAAAUCCCCCAUUCGUGAAUGUUUGGAAGUGGUCGAUUUUUCAACAAACCGCCUGAUUGGAGAUGCAUUGUUUGUGUUAUUUUUUGCAGCGUUCUCAAGACUGAGACACCUUGACUUAAGUCAUCAACAUCAUACAUAUGAUAGAGUUGAGAGCAUAUGGGAAGAAGUAGAAGGGAGAAAAAAGGGGAACCUCACGCUGAUGCUUGCUCCAAAACUUCAAUAUUACAAUGCAACAAAUACAUUCAUGUUGUCAGUAACAUAUGAUGAAAUCACAUUUACAAACACCGAACAUCUUGACACAGUGCUUUUUGGAUACAACCAACAACAUACUCUUGUUCGUAUAAAAGGGUUAGAAAAUGUGAGUCACGUUGACUUAUCUGGAAACAAACUUGGCAAUGUUACUGAAGAAUUUUUUAAGUCAUUUUCAAACGCCAGAAUAUUAUCUUUGAAAAAUUGUGGCUUACAAUUUGCCAACGAUGUGCUAAGAGCUCGAAAUAUAUUUGGUGCUCUUAAAUUAGUGGAAUAUUUGGAUCUUUCGUUGAAUGGCCUACAAUUAUUCCCAUUCAUCCUAGAUCAAAAUAGAAUAAUUCAUCUUAAUCUUUCGCAAAACAAAUUUCAUACCAUUCCCAUUGUGUCAACCACUUUUCCACGUCUCACGCUUCUGAACAUGUCAUAUAAUAUGAUAGGACAUUUGGAUAAGUAUACACAAUCUGACUUGGAUUCUUCGGCUGAAAGAAACCGUCUGAAAGUCAUUGUUAGAGGCAACAUAUUUUCUUGUGGCUGUGAAAAUCUGGACUUUAUCCUGUGGUUGAUAGACUCACCAGUAAUCUAUGAGUCUGAUAGGAAUUUCCCUUGUAUUCAGGACAAUGGACAAAUGACAAGAACUGUUGAGGUUGUCAGGAAUUACAUCAGUAUCCACCGUCACUGUACUGGUAUAUGGAUGUUCACUCUCACAGUCCCAUGUUUGACUGUCUUCCUGACGUCUAUUGUAACUAUAUACCUUAUCUCCAAGAACCCCACUAGAUUCAAGAACAUACUCAUGGGAACACUUGGGUUUGGCGUCCAGUAUCUAACUGGAAAAGACUUUUCCUUCACACUCUACAUCGGGUAUUGUGAAGUGGACAUUCCUUUUGUUUAUCGGAAACUUCGGCCUGCAUUAGAGCUAUGUAAUCACCCCGUGCGUCUCUUCUUAAAAGAUCGUGAAGUACUUCCGGGUCAUGACAUUGCUGACGGAGUUAUAGAAGGUAUUAACAAAAGUUGGAAGACCGUUCUUGUUGUAUCACAUGAUUUCCUUGAAGACCCCUCUGCCUGGUCACAUUUCACUAUCAAUGCAGCAAUAUACUCCAUGCAUGCCCUCAUUCCUAACCGGAUAUUGAUCCUACUGGUGGGGGACAUCCAAGCAGAGGACCUUCCUCAGUGUCUGUUAAACAUGGUUGAAGAGAACUUCAUUAUACAUGUGGACGAAUACCCCCAAGAGACAGCGUUGUGGAAACAUCUGAAACUGAUAGCAAAUUUGGAACAAUAAUCGCUGUAUAAUAGAUGUGAUAACCAAUAACUAGAUUUGUAAAAUGAGGCAGUGAUUCAAUGCAAAUGUGUUACUUUAUAUUGAUCUCUGCAUGUAUUUUCUAUAGUAUGUAACAUACCUGAAACGUCUCUUCCAUUCGUUUGCUGUUGAGCAGGCCUUUCGUGAACCAUUGCGAGGGAAUAAUUCUGAAUAUGAAAGCGACAAAACCUUUUCCAUAUUCAUAAGAAAUCUCAAAAAGCAUAGCCUUUGCAACGAUUCCGACCACAGCUUGAGCAUGUGUUUAUGCAUCACUAUCACAGGUUUUCGCGAAAAGUUGAGCAUAUCCUGCCCAACCUGUGGUAACUGUCACAAACACAUGCAAGUCAAGUGUUCACCUGAAAAAAACAUGGGAACAUAAGUCAAAAUAGGGAAAUGCAUCAGACAUGAUUUUUUUACUGAUGCGUCAAAUUUGGAAAUGUCCUCAACAUAUCUACUAUAAACCCUUUGAAAGCUAUACUAAGGUAACAUUAAUUAAACAAGCUCUGAGAAAGAAUUGUACGAUACUGCUCGAUUGUACCACACAAGUUGUGAAGCUGAAGGAGUAAAGAGAAUGUUGACUAUUGGAAAUUUGAAGUCAUCACUCAUUUCAUACAGUCUUGUUGAAUAGUUUCUCACUCUGAAUCUUUAUGCACAGAUCUAAAUAUGAAAGCGAUGAGGCGGUCUCAUUGUUCUUCUAUAUUUCUAGUUCAGGUGGGUUAAUUAGUGGAAGUGAAUGCAAAUAAUAUGUAUGCUGAACAAAGAACCAAUGCAGUGUUUCACAAAAUCCCUUGCAACCAAUCCUGAAGUAAAACAUAUCAAUGUCAUAUUACUUUGACCUGUAAUUAAUGAAUUUUCACAAGUCCCUGCAAAAUAUGCAUGUUGUUCGAGGCGAUUAAUUGGAUCAUGUUGUCACACCCGGUUGACUGAGUGUAUAUGUUAUAGAAAUAUAGGAAUAA